UGCCCCAGAGCUGCUUGCUGAGCAGAGGCAGGAUGAGUGACUAAGGGACAAAUCAAGUCUGGGCUGGCAAAGCCUCAGCAUGUGUUAUUGAGACACCUCUGGACUUCAGCGUCUUCACUGAGGGCUCUGGUAGAAACGAAAAAUGUAAGAGCUUGAAGAAAAUCUAAAGCACCACCUCCUCCUUCUGAAGCAACACUCACUGUUGUUUCUCCAUUUGGUAGCAUAGAGUCAACCAACCUCAUCAUGGAACAGAAAGAGAAUGUAAUCGAUAAAGAUAUUGAACUAUCAGUGGUCCUGCCAGGAGAUGUGAUCAAGUACACUACAGUUAACGGGAGGAAGCCGAUGAUGGACUUGCUGGUCUUUCUCUGUGCACAGUAUCAUUUAAAUCCAUCAAGUUAUACUAUAGAGUUGGUAUCAGCAGAAAGUAGCCAGAUUAAAUUCAAACCCAACACGCCAGUGGGAAUGCUUGAAGUGGAAAAGGUGAUUUUAAAGCCAAAACAAAUAGAUAAGAAGAAACCUGCUCCAGUUAUACCAGAGCAAACGGUAAGGGUAGUGAUAAACUACAAGAAGACACAGAAGACAGUCGUAAGAGUUAGUCCACAUUCACCCCUUCAAGAACUCAUACCAAUUAUCUGUAGCAAAUGUGAGUUUGAUCCUUCACACACUCUGCUGUUGAAGAAUUACCAGUCUCAAGAACCCCUUGAUGUGACAAAAUCUCUUAAUGACCUUGGACUAAGAGAACUAUAUGCCAUGGAUAUCAGUCGAGCCACAUCACCAGUUGAUUUAAAUUUACGGUCUUUGCAAGACUCCUACCAAUCUGAAAACAUAGAUGUUCUGAAGGAGAAAGAAAACAAAGGAUUUUUCAGCUUUUUUCAACGAAACAAGAAGAAAAGAGACCAAGCUGCCAGUGCCCCAGCAACUCCAUUGAUGAGCAAGCCAAGGCCAGCAUCUAUCACUAGAUCUAACACUGUCAGCAAGCAGUAUGAUUCAAACACUCUGCCAUCAGAAAUGCCGAAGAAACGGAGAGCUCCUUUACCACCUAUGCCAAACUCCCAGAGUGCUCCCCAGGAACUCUCACAAGCCCAAGUCAGACCUGCACCUGAUAUUGUGAAAUCCAACAGCUUUGAUAGGAAUGCACAGGCCCCUCCAGGAUUAGUACGGAAAGGUUCCCUGCCGCUCAGUGACACUGCUUCCGUGAACUCCUCUCUAAGGAGGAUGAAGCGCAAGGCGCCCUCACCACCCUCCAGAGCACCAGAAGAUCAAAGUGAAAGCAGUAAUGAGCCUGUAAUAGAGACAACAGAAUCAGCCUCCACUCAAGUGGAAGGAAGAACCACCGAAAUGCAACCUGAAACAGGUGUAAGGAGCUCAGAACACAACCUGGAAGAAAUUGAUGAAAGGGACGAGAUAAGUGUGCAACAGCGAGAGAACAGUGAAAGUACCAAUACCUCUCUCAGGACAGGAGAGGUUACUGUAGCCUUCAGCUCUGCUGAGGUACCACUGGAAAAUGAAAAAAAUGAUCCUGCUCCAUCAACUCCUGUUCCUGGCAGUGUUUCCGUAGACAACUCACAAAGCUUCAAGGAAGAAAAACAAGAAAAUAUGAGCACAGAUGGCAAAGGACUACAGACUAAGAUAAGCAGUCAGGAUGCUGGAGUUGAAAAAGACAGGAAGCUUAAAAUUUUAGAUCAAAAUAAAACCAAUGAUCACAGCGAUACAAAACUCCUUCCAACAAAAGAAGAAGGGAAAGAACUUCAGACAGCUGAAAUUAAACCAGUAGAUUUUACAGAAAAUAACAAGCUCGAAGUUGACAGACUAUCAAACUUCCAGGCAUGUAAAAAUGACAUCUCUGUAAGUCAUAGGAAUUAUCCUCAACUGAUGUCAGAAAAGCAAGAUGACAAAACAAAUCAAAGCAGCUUGGAUACAGUAAAAACUCAGGAUGUUGCAAUCCAAACAGGUCCUUCGGAUAGCAAUUUGGGAAGGUCUACUCAGAAAGAAAUUAUUGUUCCUCAGGGUGUUGAAUCAUCCACAUUCGGAGAACUGGUCUCUCAACAUAACAGAGAUACAAACAACCCCCUUCUUCAAGUGAUGCAUGGAACGCAGCAAGGGGAUGAAGAUACGUCAAUAGAACAAAAUCUUAAGACACAAGAAGUUACCCAUGGAGAUAUAAUUCCCAUAAAAGACCAGAGUCACGUCUGUAUAAAUGGCAGUAAUUUUGUUUUACCAGAAACAACUGCAAAAACUCCAGAUGACUUUUCUGUAAAAGGUCACCCUUUUUAUAGACAGGACACCAGACCUAAACCCAAGCCUGCUAAUGAAAUUACAAGGGAUUACAUACCAAAAAUUGGCAUGACUACUUAUAAAAUAGUGCCUCCAAAAUUCUUAGAAAUAAUGAAGAGCUGGGAAGCAGAAGUUCCAUCAGAUCAUAAGGAUCAAGAGGUAUCUACUUUGGAAGAUUCUCUGAAGCAUGAAGACCCCAAAGAAUUCAUAGUGCAAGCUGAAAUUCCUCAUCUGUCAAAAAGUGUGGGUCAUUUACAGGUUGGUUCACAAAAUGAAGCUGCAGCAGUGAAUGAUCUGCUGCAGAGAGUGAACAGCAUUUCUGAACAUACUGUGACCUCUGGAGCUGAGAUUACUACUGAGAGCAACCAGAUGGAAAAGGAAUCUUUCAAGCAGCGUGUCCCACUGAUGCUAAGCCUGGAUAAUACAAAUGCUUCUUCUGAGACUCAGGACAAGUCAAAUGCAUUAAGUCCUACAACAAAGCCUAGUUCUUUUUAUCUGCAGAUGCAACGAAGAGCUUCAGGUCAUUAUGUGACAUCUGCAGUUGCCAGAAGUACCAUUUGUGCUCCUAAUUCAAUUCAAAAUGAAGCUAAGAAUACAGAGAUGGGGAAAAAAAUCUCAUCACCUGAUCUGACUUCUUUGGCUUUACAUAAAACAAGUAUUUCCUCUCCUCCAGCAGAUGAAGAAAAAGUUGAUGAUGGAAAAAACAUUGAAUCCUCCACUUCUCCUGUUAAAAGCAAUAAACCUUUAAUUUAUCCCCCCUGUCCUCCAGCACCACUGAACCUAAAAACUCUAAGAACUUUUGCAGUUCCAAAGCCAUACUCCAGUUCAAGACCAUCCCCUUUUGCUCUUGCUGUCUCCUCUGCAGUCAAAAGGUCGCAAUCAUUCAAUAAGACGCGUACAAUCACUAACCAGGCACCUAGAGAGGAAUUUCCUGUUGAACUCUCCUCUGCCACUUUGGCAGCUGAAUUCUCCUCAGCUACCUCCAUGCCUCAAGUGAAAAGCCCUUCCUUACAGACCUUAACAGUGGGGCCACAAAAUAGUCUAAUGGACAAGAAAGACAGCAAUGUGAAUAGUGAGCAGAAGAGUCAGGCGCAGUCAGGUGCUUCCACUGACCACCCACCCCCUGUCACUAAGAGACAAACCGUGAUGACGUUCCCGCGCUCUGACCCAGAACAGAUCCACCAGAGCUUGCUGGCUGCAAUCCGCUCUGGAGAAGCUGCUGCCAAAUUGAAAAGGGUUGGUCCUCCAUCAAACACCAUAGCUGUUAAUGGAAGAGCCAGACUUAAUCCUUUGUAUUCCACAGAAGCAAAAGCUAAUCAGUAGAUAUUAUACCAAAUAUUUUGCACUUUACUGCUUCAUAGGCCAACUUUACACUAACUACAAAUUUUUGAAAGUGUAAAUGCAAGUGUAUGUUAAUAUAUUUUUGUCAGCAGUUAUAAGGAUUUCGAGCUGUGUCUUUGGAUGCCUUGGAAAGAUUAUUAGCAUAUGUAAAUUAUGGUAACAUUUUGCCUUUUCCUCUUUAUAAAGCUGACUAUGCUGCUAAAAAGGUUUAAGAAAAGAUGCAUAUGAGCUUUGCUUAUGAUAGAAAGAGAAUCAAAGAUUCUUGAUUUUAGCCUCAAGACUGAACAAUAUGUAGCACUAUGCUGAAAUUACAGAUUGGAAACAACCUAAGAAUUCUAGAUCACAUCAUUAAUUUUCAAUUGUGUAUUACUUUAACAGAUUGUAAGAACUUAAAUCUACCACAUGCUGCCUCCAUAUUCCUUUAUUAAAUUAAAAUUGUAAUUACUAGAAUAUCUUAAUUAAAUGCAAUACUUUGUAUCUGUCUAAAAAA